AUGUGGCACUUCGAAUACUUUACAUUUAUUUUUCUUUUCUUUAUAGGAAGUCACUCAAUUUCUCAGCGCAUCAUGGGACCAACUAAUCCAGCUCUGCUCUCUUCAAAAAUCCCUAAUCCAGGCUGCACAUCUGAUAACUGUGAUUUAGAUAAAAAUUUUGACAAUGAAGCUUCAUUGGAAUCUGAAAAUUCAAGUUAUUUCAAAUUUUUCGAUGUUUUUCUGCAAGACGCACAAAAUCCUUUAGAAAGAGAUGAAAGCGAAAUUCCGUCAAGUAUUGAUGAACAUGGGGAUGAUUAUAAUGAUGGCGAUCUUUUAUUUGUACUAGCAACUACUUUCAUUGAUGGUGAGUCUGGCACAGGCAAAAUAUGAGUAAUCCCUACUGAUGAAGAAGAUAAAGAAAACAGUUAUUCGCUAAUAGUAGGUUUAGAGAGACCUACUGGGCUUUGUCUAGACGUAAACCAUAAUUUUUUGUAUGUAGUAGAUAACGGUGAUGAUAUAGAAGGGUAUAUUUAUCAGUAUGAAGUACUAUGGAGUGACGAUGAUUAUAUGAUCCUAGAUAGAAAUGUCUAUGUAGUAAUUUAUCAAGGCAAAACUCCUUAUGACUGCAAAAUAGAUCAGUAUGGCAAUAUGUAUUUUCUUAACUCAGAAACUGACGAAAUCAGCAUGAUCAGCUACCUUGACUUGUAUUCAGGCUUCACCAAUAUGAACUACACCAUCUAUCAAGCUGACGAAAACAAUAACAAAAUAAACUCCCCUGUAGCCCUAGAAGUAAUUGACUCUGAGUAUAUUUACUUUGUAAAUAACGCUGAUGGAGAUACAGCAGGCACCUUAAACAAAGCUAAAACUACAACGGAAAGCGUCAAUGAGGAAACUAUAGAAUCAUUAGUUUAUAAUAAAUACCCAGCUUGGGGUGUCGCUUAUACAGAUGAUAAUAGAAUUUUCUUUUCUCUGGAUACUGGAGAAAUUUGGUCAGUUGACACUCAGGAUACCACAAAACUAUAUGAAAAAACAAUAGAGCCGAUGAAUAAUCCUAGAGGAAUGUGCCAUGGAGAUGGAAAAGUGUAUGUUGCUGACCAAGAAUUAGGAGAAAUCGUAAUGUUCAAUACAAAUGACGAAAAAGAAGACCCAAAGAGUUUUGUGAAAAUCCAAGGAGUUUAUAUGACAUUUUGUGUUAAUUCAGCGUAUGGAUUGAUUGUGUCGCUUUUCAUAAUUAGUUUAAUCUAA